AAAAAAUCUUCAAACCUAACUUUUGCGAUUUCUUUCCAUCCAUAGAACUUGGCUAGUUAUAAGUGGCGCUUCGAUCAGAGAUUAACCUAGAUGACAAAAAUGGCGAUCUUGUUUCGAAUGGUGCGUUAGCCGCGAUCGUGGUAAUGCCAGUUAGGCGCCGAUAAAAUUCUCACGUUACGGUACAGUAAAACUACCGCAAGCCCGGUAACUUCUUCGCGAAUGUGCAAUGUGCACAAAAGUUUCGCGAAUAGCAUCUGCGUGCCAAACGAGUGUUCAACCGUACGAUACCCGACCUUCUUCUCGCUCAAUGGGAAUGGCAAUGAGCCGCGUAGAUUUUCUCAGAGCCUUGUAGAGAAGUAAUUCGUCCUUCUAUGACGGAGGCUGGAAAUAAGAUGUCGACAAUGUUAUGAAUCAGCCUUGCGAUUGGAUUGCAAUUAUAUUCAUGAUUAUACGAAUGUUUUUGUACGAAGUAUAAUAUAAUUUUAUGAAUCGAUAUAGUAUAAUUUUUAACUUUGUAAAUUGAUAAAGUUCGAACAAAAUGGAGGAUUAUCUCAUUUCAAAUUGUGCUGAAUAUUAAAUAGAAUGUUACUAAUUAUUUACAUGGUGUAUGAUAUAUCAUGAUGUCUUCAAAGUUUUUUCGAUAAGGCUCAAUGGAAAUAGGAUAUCAUUGAAUCAAUAAUUUAUGUUUUAAAUGUUGCCGGAGGCAAAGCUCCUAUGCAGUCGAGCACCUCGGAGGGUGGAAUUCCACAGCGUGCGGUGGAUGGCAGCAGUGGACAGAUUUACACCCCUCAAACUUGCACCCUUACGAGACCAGAGCACAGACCCUGGUGGUACGUGAACCUGCUUGAACCCUACAUGGUGCAAUUGGUACGACUUGACUUUGGUAAACCGUGUUGCGGCGACGAUAUACCAGGAACAAUCGUGGUUCGUGUCGGAAACAAUCGGCCGGACUUGGGAACGAAUCCAAUUUGCAAUCGUUUCACCGGCCCUCUCGAAGAAGGCCAACCUCUUUUCCUACCCUGCAAUCCUCCUAUGCCAGGAGCUUUCGUUUCCGUGCAUUUGGAGGCAAAUACACCGACACCAAUCCCAGUCCAACUCUCUUUGUGCGAGGCUUUCGUGUAUACUGAUCAGGCGCUUCCUAUUGAGAGAUGUCCACAAUUCAGAGAUCAACCACCAGGUUCAACAGCAACUUAUAAUGGAAAGUGUUAUAUAUUUUAUAAUCGGCAACCAAUGAUAUUCAGGGAGGCGUUAUCGUUCUGUCGUGCACGAGGUGGAACUUUAGUGGAUGAAAGCAAUCCUGCGUUGCAAGGAUUUAUUUCAUGGGAAUUGUGGAGGAGGCAUAGAAGCGACACCUCGAGUCAAUACUGGAUGGGUGCAGUGAGAGAUCAGAAGGAUCGCACGGUUUGGAGAUGGACAGGAAGCGGCGAGGAGGUAUCCGUUUCUUUCUGGAGCUUGCCUCAAGGAACCGAAGAGGACUGUGCUCGAUACGAUGGUAGCAGAGGCUGGCUUUGGUCUGAUACUCCUUGCACGGCUCGAUUAAAUUUCAUCUGUCAACACCAACCACGAGCAUGUGGUCGACCAGAACAGCCGCCGAAUUCCACGAUGACGGUGACCACAACCGCAGAUCGGAAUUCCGGAAGUGCAUACGAAGUUGGCGCGACCGUGGAAUAUACUUGUAACGCUGGUAGCCUUCUUAUAGGACCGUCCAGUCGCACUUGUCUCGAUACUGGCUUCUACAACGAGUUUCCACCUGUGUGCAAAAGCAUCGAGUGCGGUUACCCAGCAAACAUAAAACACGGAGGCUACACACUUAUCAACAAUACCGUUAGUUAUCUCAGUCAGGUGCUUUACUCCUGCGAUGAAGGAUACGAGAUGACUGGUCGUGCAAGAUUGACUUGUGACAUCGAUGAGCGUUGGAAUGGACCACCGCCGCGUUGUGAACCAAUCCUGUGCGAUCCUCCAACACCGGUGCCGCACAGUUACAUCCAAAUCGAUGAAAUCGACGAAACCGAAACAAUGCCAUCGAAAUCGAACUUUAAUCGAAGUCUUCUCGUAGGCAGUAUUGUCACUUAUACUUGUGAAAAAAAUUAUAGACUCACUGGGCACCGACAAAUAUUAUGUUUACCCACUGGAUUGUACGAUCACAUCGCACCCACCUGCAUAGAGGAACCACGCACCACAGUGACCGCCCCACCCCGAAUAACUGUACGAACAACGACUGCCAGAACUCGGCAACCAUUCUUACCGCCACGAGUCCGACCCACAACAAUCUCGACGACCACAACCACGACCACCACCUCUGUACCACCUCGAAGAGUGGCCAGCACCGCUGAAUUACCCGCGACGGUUCGCGAAACCAUCGCGAGGAAACCGAAUGUCGGUCUUCAGAGGCCAGCACCUCCUCCUUCGCCACCUUUGAACGAUGACAGCAGUGAUCAUCCUCAGGACAACGAGAUUUCGGGUAGUGGGGUGGAUAAUGCACAGGUUGGGAUUGGAACCGGUGUUCCAGAACCUUCUGGACCUUACAGAGUGGACAAUGCCGACCACACAAGUAACACUCAUCAAGCGAAAUUAAAUCUAGGCGCUGUGAUUGCCUUGGGUGUCUUCGGCGGUUUUGUAUUCCUAGCCGCUGUAAUCACCACCGUUGUAAUACUUAUACGCAGAAAUCGUGGUAGAAGCAGCAAGCAUUAUCGGCACCGUGCAUCUCCUGAUUGCAACACUGUGGCCAGCUUUGGAAGUAGUUCCUCUGAAAGUCGAGGAGGUUUGAAUCGAUACUACCGUCAAGCUUGGGAGAAUCUGCAUGAGACGGCUGGUCAUAAGACCAAUCAUCCUCCUCUUCGUCGUAAGGAGACCCUGGAUGAACCAGGAUAUCGAGAAAAUUACCGUGGUAACAACACUGAAAGAGAUGGCUCGGAAUUAGUUGUGAGCGAUGUAGCCACAUAUCCCACCAGUAAGCACGCCAGCAUCUCUGACAAGAAACGCCAUCAUCAUCAUCAUCAUCAUCACCACGGUAACUCUACGCCUGAGUGGAGGCAGUCCCAGUCCCAUCACAGAUAUUGAGUACCGGAUCUGUUAUCUAAGAUCCUACAUUUUUUUCUUGAGAUUUUCAGUGAAUCGAUAACUGUGACGAGUUGCUGCGAUUGGAUCAUGAGUAAGCGAUUUUUUAAUAUUUUAUAAAUGAUAAUACAAUGAGGAAUAAUGAUGGUUUUAUGUUAAAAAAUAAGUGGAGUAUGCAGUGCUAUAAAAUUUUUAUCAAUGUGAUUUUUAAAUUUAAAUAAGUGUGUAAUAUUUUUGUUUGAAUUUUAAUUUUUAUUUUAAUUUUAAUUUCUGGAUAGUUGCAUGUACAAAUUAUUAAAUCGAAAAUUCUUUUAAAUGUUUUUUUUUAAUUUUUAAAUAAUUUUUAAAUAUUUUCUAGUUUACAAACUUAAAGUUUGUAAUUAAAAAAACUUUUUUUUUUUUAUAUAAAAUUAGCAUUUACCUCAUUAUAUUAUCAUUUGUGAAAUUGUAAUUCCAAUUUGUAACUCCAAAUAGAAUUUAAAGGAACGUGGUGAGUCAGACGUUGUGUAGAAAAAUUUUAAAACGUGAUUAAUAGAUAAAAAUGUUUAUCGUUCUAUUAUACAGUAAAUCAUUUACAAAUAUCUUGUUACGUAAUGUAAAUAUCGUAUACUACAGUAGCAUAAGUUAAUGAUACAAGUUGUGAAUAAGAAGGAUCAAGUUGAUCAAAGGAUAUGCCAAAAAAAUGAGAAUAAUAUAUAUAUAUAAAUAUUUAUAUAUAUAUAUAUAAUUACUGAUUAAACAAAUUUUAAUAUAAAUUAUUGUAUGAAUGUUUAAUUACAAUAUUAAGAAUGGUAUUAAUUUACAAAAAUCAUAUUCGAUAAGAUCAAUAUCUGUUAUGGGUACCUUGGCCUCGCCUUAAAAAGAUUAAACAAAUUUCUCAUAAUAAACCGACAUUUAAAGAUGAUAUUGUUAAGGAAAGGCCGACGUUAUCCAUUUCAGAAUCAAAAUUUAUUUAGAUACGGUGCUCGUUCUAAGGUAAACUACGUGUAAAACGUUAUGUAAAAUCUGUUCUAUAUAUAUUUUAAUUAAUUAUUUAUAUAUAGUAUUAUUUUAAUAAGUUGAACAUUUUUUUCUCAUAUUCGUCUGGAAUAAAACAUACAUAAUUAAUAAA